CAUUGUAAGUCUUUAAUGCUUCAUUAGGCUAACACCUUCAUAGUAUAUCUCAUGUUUACACCUUGUCAAAUGAUGAUCCGUGAAGCAUGAGGCCAUGUUUACAAUUUACGGAACUGAAAGUCUCUGAAUGGCUUUGACAUUACAUUACAUUACAUGAUAACAUAUCUGUGACAGAUACAAAAGUAGUCCCCUUUGUAGUUUUGAGUUUCUUAAGUGUGUUUGGGGAUGUUCAAUACGUUUAACUACAGCGUUAAGACAAACUCUCUGCAACCCCAGAAUCCGGAAAGUGUAUCAAUAUUUGGAAAAAGGUCCACGGAACAGUCCACGGAUCAGUUAUAAAUAGCAUUACAAUGUUAACGUGUUUCUAGUUUCGUAUGCAAGUCAUUAUAACAAUAGAUCCGCCGAUUCAAACAAUCCGUUCUACCCUACAUAACGUAGAGAUAUAUCAGAGUUUGCCAGUUUAUCUAUCGUUGUUGGAGAGAGCGCACUCCGAGUCGCUGUGCUCAUGGCAGGUCGAAGAUGGAACAAGUUGGCAACCUUCAGAGGACUAUGUCACAGCAUGAAGAAGAAGCUGUGCUGCUGUGCCUGGCCAGGAUAUCAGUUGGUGCCACCAGACGAGGACUGGGAGGACGAGGACCGCCUGACAGAAGAUGAAAGAAGGUCGUGUGUGUCAGAGAGGACCCUGUUCCUGGUGUCUCAACACGUGGGCGGGGGUUUCCAGAUGCUGGGUCUGAGACUGGGGCUUCCGUACGUCAGUGUGGAGAGGUGCACGCUGUCACAGUCAUCGCUUCAGAUGCAGAUAUUUGCCAUGCUGAACACGUGGAGACAGCGGAAGGGAAGACGGGCAACUGUUGAAGUCCUGCUUCAAGCCCUGUCUGACAGCAUGUCGGUCUGCACGGUGGACAUGCCUCAUGUCUACAGGGUGAUCCGUGAAAUGUAA